GUCGACCAAUAGUAGUUUUCCAAUCAGGUGUAAAUUUGCUCCUACAGAUACUCGGUACUACAUGACUUCAGAAUUUCAGUAACAUGUUGUCUCACUUCUUAUGUAACGUUGUUCUUACGAUAAAAGGCACAUGUAGUUAAAAGAUUUAAUGAUUAUUAAUAGAAAAAUCCUUCCAAUAACGUAAUAUUUUGCCUGUUAUUGAAAGCAUUUGUGUUUACUGCUUGAUGAGUAGUGGGUACAUGUUUUUUGUCUUCCCAGGUACUACCAGGAGAUGGCCCAUCUAACAUCCUUCUCCACAGUUAGGGAUUUGUAUGUUUCGUCAAAUUACUUCACAGCUUGUUUCCAAAGCUAUAACAGUUUUCCUCUAUUAUUUAUCGGAGCUUCUGUCAGCGACCUGUAAGUGACUGGUCAUCUACAUUUAAUGUUCAAAAGAAUGACUUGUUGUUUUUUGUCUUACUUCAUAACUUGUGCACUGCACAUGCAGCUCCUUUCAGUUGUUCGUCGCCUUCAGUGAAAUGAAAACCAGACCAGACGUGUGGAUAUUUUCUUAAGUAGGGGUCAGGCAGUUGAAAUAAAUAUACAGUGUUGACAACCUGCUACAAUUUGAUAUAUUAGCCAACCAUUGAUCUCCACUGUUCCUUCUGUUUCUUAUUUUGUAGACUGUAGUACUCUGUCCUCCUAACUUCCAACUUUUAAAUAUUGGUAUAUACCCUUGUUACGAGUAAUCUUUCCGCAUGCUGUAUGUCUUCAAAUGAAUUACAAUUUGAUUGGGUUACUACUUUCCUCACACAUUUGUCAAAGGAUAUUGAUGCUGAGGUUGUUGGUGAAUAUAUUUGUGGAAUAAUAAAUGUUUCUCAUGGCUCAUCAGAAUCACAUUUUGAAAUAGCGGAGUUACUGUCAGCGUACCUUCCUUCUGAAAAAUCAGAGCAUGCUGCUACUGAGAUAAUAUCAAAAUAUAAUGAAAUUGUAUUGGGCAAAGAUAAAAUUGAACCAUCAUCGUCAUCUACAAAUGAUAUUCAAUCUGUUGAAGCUCAAAUGCGUAAUUUAAUGCAAGCUGAUUGUAUGCGUAUUGUUGAAACUAAGAAGUCAAAUCAUCAUUCUGAUCGAGAUCCAUGCACUCAAGCAGUUUUAUGUUCAACUGGUUAUCAAAAGAAUUCAGAUGAAGAACGUGAAUUGGAAGUGGCAAUGGCCAAUUCGGAAUUUAUCAAUAAAAAUCGUUCAAAUUCAACUGUUGGUGUAUUGACAACUGGUUCCAGUUUAAAUAGGUUUGUCGAAGUUGGCAUCGGCGAUGAUAGUGUAGAUGAAUCGGACACUGACUUGGAAGAUAUUGAAAGUUUCUGUGGAUAUGGAAGAAAGGAUGAUGUGAAACCUGGUACAGUUGAAGAUGCUCUAUCUAUCUUAACUUCACUCAACACAUCAGCACAGUCAUAUGGGCUGAGUAUAUCCAGCACUUCUCAAAAUUCCAUCCCAGUCAAAGAGACAUCAUCUCCAUCAUCGUCAGUGAGCAUACGUAAUUCUCAAUCAGCACACCUAGUCGAUAAAUCAACUAGUCAAUCUCAGAGAAUCUCUUCUACACGUCAAAAGCAGUCUAAAAAGUGCCCCCCUCCAUCUAAACAUAUUGCAAGAAUUGGUGCACAAGCUGAGGCCAAACAGAAACACAAUAAUAAUUCGAAAGUUUCACUCAUUUCAAGUUUGGAUAACGCAGAUCCUAAGGCGUCUCGGUGUAAACGUGAAGAUAUGGAGGCAUUUUUAUUUACAGAUUCGGAUAUUCACGUAGAAUCUGUUAAUGAAGAUAUUGUUCUACCUGAAGGCGGACGUAAUCGUGAACGUGUCAUAGAAAGUGAAAUUAAUUUUCGGAAGGCAGCCUCUUUAAAUGCUGCUAAACAACGUCAGGAGAAUCUUGAACAACGUAAACACCAACUCGAAAAAGCUGAUCAACGUCGUCAGACAGCCAACAAAAGGGCACAGAAAGUUGAAAGACGCAGGUUAUAAAGUCUCUAUCUGUGAUCUUUAUCAACUGAGGAAGUAGUAUUUAUGUAUUUUACAAUCCUGAAUAACUUUUGACAAUCUGACUUUAUUUUUCUACUCUGCCUUAUCUCUUCUUCAACGAUUUAUUCUUAGUCGAGUCCAUGUUUAUCAUAUUGUCUAGUUUUGAACUAACUGUGUGUGUGUGUGAUAAUACUGUAUAUAUCUAUUGUAUCUUUAUGAGGGCUUCUUUUUUUAUAGCCUAUCUCUUAAUUUUGACUUAUUGAACUGACCAACCAAUUGAAUUCACUGACUUAAUGUGUUUGUGAAAUAAAUGUAUCGAAAGUGUUCGGUUGAGUUACUUUUUUAAAACUAUAAUAAGCAACAAACAAGGGGUUUAUGGAGACUGUAGAAACUAGUGGGUCAAAAUUUGCAAAGUAUACUGGUAUUUCAAGAUCUUAACACUAACCGAAAUAUUAUCGCUGUUCUCGAACACACGUUGCUGGAUCUUGGCAUUAGUUUUAUGGUAUCAUCAGUAAUUAUGAGCAAUCUUUCAGGGGAUAUUAAUAAUCGAAUACAGUCGCUGAGUAUUCGUAACUUGUUGGAGCCAAAGAAUAUAUAUAUAUAUAUAUGCUGUUAUUUGAGCAUAUUACAAUUUACCAAUGAUAUCUUUUUACUCAUUUCACUCCUUUCACUUGUAUAGUGGGUUUGGUACUGUUACUAUGCUAACUUGGCCCCCAAAUGCCCUGGUACGGCCGAGAGUGGGGAGAGUCCGCUCUCCCUCUCGAAAUGCUCCCAUAUGGCCAGCGAAUAUUUAGCCUCUGCCAGGGAAGUCCUACUCACUGCCUU